GAGAGACGUUUACAUUCAAGAACCAGCGGAGGGUGCUCUGUAAAUCAAGAUGGCGACCUACGACGAAGCAGGAAAGAGAAUUCAGUUUAAAUAAAACUGAUUCGAGGACCAGUUUUAUCCCUAGUUCGAGCAUACAUCGGGUUCGUUUGGAUUCUGAGAGAACGGGCGGAACAAAACGGAUCUUAAAUGGCUGCAAGGAAGUCUGAUGCAUACAACAAUGGACCCAUCAGCUACCUCGACAGUGUUCCCUUCAAGAUAAAUGAGAAAUUUCGCUGUCCGGCCAAAGUGGGCUUGCCUGUUGGUUUUUGUGUACCAGACUGUGGCUCUUUACUUGCAGACACAAAGCAUGAGUUUUCAUUGGAGAAGCGCAUUUUAAGCUGGGAAAAAGGCCUCGCUGAGGCCAGAGCAGCUGAGGUCAGAGCAAAAGAAGAAGCAGCCCAGCACAUAGCAGACAGCAAGGAGUCUGUGGCCCAGUCUCAAGGCAUUGAUGAUGGUGGGGGCAAGAAGCCCCAGUCUGUUACAGAGGAUCAUGACCUUCCACCACCAGCGCUGAACCCUGUUCUAGCAGGACUGAGCCAUAACGCCAUCCUCAUGCCGCUUCCCGCCCCCAGUCUCGGCCCCAGAAAAAUUCUACCCAGCACUCCUCAGCCAAAUAGCCUCAAUUUAGCUGACUUUGAGCGAGAAGAAGACCCUUUUGACAAGUUAGAACUCAAAACUUUGGACGAUAAGGAGGAACUAAGGAACAUUCUACAGAGCCAACCCCAGCCUCAACCGCUCCCUUUUGUAUCUCCUCCAGAGGCCUCUCAACAAGGCUCAGCAUCUCGUGGAAGCAGCCCAUCACGACCCAGCACAAACGUAGGCCUGCUAGCCAAACCGGGUUUUGUCCACAAACCUAAUGGAUUGGUCGCCUUGAUGGAUAUGGACAGAGUGGGGCAGCCUGGAAGAGUAGCGUUUGACACAGAUGACAGGCCUUGUAACAUCCGCUCCCUCACUUUCCCCAAGCUGUCUGAUUCUGGUGACCCUGACCCGGGGAAAUUCAGCCCCCUCUCUGCACCCGUUCCUGCAUUCCAACAAAGUUGGAAUGGUAGCUCUCCGACACUACCAAAAUCACAAGUUAUUGUUGGGACAGACUCACCAGGCCACAACAAGAGUGAUACUCCAAAGCUGACAAACGCUGGAUCGGUAUCUUCUGGUCUGCCCUGUGGUGGAGCCCUUCUCAGCAUGACACCCAGUGAACGUCAGUGUGUGGAAACUCUUGCAGGCAUGGGCUACUCUUAUGAGGAAAUCCUACGGGCCAUGCAAAGACAAGGACAGAAUGUGGAGCAGGUAUUGGAUUAUCUGUUUGUUCAUGGUCGUCUGUGCGAGCGGGGCUUUGAUGUGAGCGCGGUGGAAGAAUGUCUAGAGAUGUAUCAGUGCUCAGAAGAAAAGGCCUUGCAGUUUCUUGAGCUCAUGUCAAGAUUCGGUGAAAUGGGGUUUGAAAGAGAUGCCAUCAAAGAGGUGCUGCUAGUCCACAAUAACGAUCAGGAAAAGGCUUUGGAGGAUCUGAUGGCUCGUGCUACAGCUAGCUGAAUUAAGCGUGCGAUCUAGGAAAGCUGUAUCCGGGGCAUUUCUCUUUCUGCCGCCCAACAGCCCCUUUCCCUCCAGCCUAACUUUCUUUCGCCGCGCCCUGCCCCUUGGCUGUUGAAGGAACAGCUGGGAGACUGCUUCUCUCUGUGCUAAAAUGUAUCGUGAGCUGGCAAGCGGAGCUGGAGAUUUGGGCUGAAUUGUUGUAUUGACAUUCUGAUCCGCUUCCACUUUGAAGUGAAACUGAAUAUGGGAAGAAGCCAGGUACCGAACUGUGAAUCAACAAAAGACACGUUUGAACUUGGGAAAUUCCUUAAGAUCUAAGCUGCCAUCUUCCACUGCUCACUGCAGACCCAGCCAAAGGCUGGUGGGUGUAGGGGGGGGGGGGGGGGGGGGGGGGUCUAGAGGAGGCUUUCUGAAGCAGAACAGACUGUAUUUUCAAAGAGAAAUAAAAGACAUGGCCACCAGACAGAUUUGUCUCUCAAAAAGUGCCCUCUGAUAGGUUGUGCCCUGCACCUAUUUCUGUUAUACUUUACACAUUCAUUCAUGUCUUUUUUUUGCUGUUCAGUUUUGGGCACUUUGUUAUGUCAGUUUAAAGAUUGUGUAUUUGCUUUCUGUUUUAGGAAUUGCAUUAUAAAGCAUUUGUCAUUAUAAUUCAAGAGUUCUGCUGUCCCAAAGUGUUGCUCAGCUAGCUCUGGGGUAGCCUUCCCUUUUUGGAGGUGUGUGUGGGGGGGGCGAUGAGUUCCAGUGUGGGAACGUUGGAAAAAAUCCCCAGAUCCAUUGUCACGAAUAUGUCGUAUUCUGUUAACGCACACAUGCUCGGAAAAUCCACAUUUUAUUUAAAAUACCACACUGACACUUUGAUUUAAGAAUAAAAAGUUGAAUAUGAAAACUUAACAAAUGUUAACUUUAAAAUGUGAUGCUACAAACUGUUGUGUUCUUUUAUUUGCAGACAGGAAAAGCGUGGAGGUUGCCUUUGCAGCCUCCUCACAGUGCAAUAGUCAUUUCAUGUUGUGUGACAGUUUACCAGCUCUUUGAGUCUCACUUAACUGGAGUGAAAAAAAAGAAUUGGUAUUGAGCCUUUGGUUGUGAGGAGUAAAAAAAAAGUUUGCUUUCACUGAUUUUUGUAGUUUGUUUUCUGUUCAUAGUGUUUCAAAGCAGAAGGUUUAAACACAUCUGACUUGGAAUAGUUGAUCGUCCUUUUUUCGUCUUGAUUUCACCAAGAUUAACGUGUCUUAAUGCUGAAUUAGAAAAAACGAUUUCUAAUUUUUCCUAAAUUGGGAUUGCACUUUGCUAAAAGCAGGGCACCAUCCUUUAGUUUUUUCUAGUAUGUGAGAAUGGACCUCCUGGGUUCAUUCUGUAUAGAAGUCAUUACAUUUGUGGCAAGGGUGGUCCUGAUCCUCUUUGGGGGGGAUUAUGGAAGGCAAAGUAAACAGUUUAAUGGCUUGAAUUAAAUUCAGUGUGAAUCCGACAGUAAUGGGACAGGGCUAAUUACUGAUCCCUUUUAAAAUUCAAUUUAAGCUUUUUCUAAAAACCAAAAUGUAAAACGUGUUGUGUUUAAUUGACCAAACAUGAUGCAAUUAGAAAGUGAGCAAGGGUGCAACAUUUGGGGCAGGUGAAUCAACAUUUCAUAAUCAAAACACCAUUUUCACUUCAAAUGUUAAAUUAUAUUUAAAGUGGGACAGACAAGUUAAGUUUUUUUUCUUCAUUGCCUUGUGUUUUGUUUCAUGUAUAAAAGAAGAAACAUAAACUUUUACCCAAUAACA